AUGGAGAUGUUGACUGAAUACGUUCGGUCAAAUCCGAUGCUGUAUGACCCUACAAACCGGGAAUAUCGUAACCAGCAUUCAAGGAAAGAGGCUUGGGACGAAAUAGGGGAAAAACUCGGCAUUACGGGUAAUGAAUAUAAAGACAACUGGAAUAAACUGCGGAAUGCGUACAUCCAGGCUAAACACCGUAGAGCCACAAAAUCAGGCCAGGCAGCAAAGACUUUGAGCAAAUGGAAAUUUGAAGAUGAGAUGGCUUUUUUGAAUCCAACUCUCGUAACAAGGAAAACGCGAGCAAAUGCGGAAGACAGCUCCAAUAAUGAAGAUUAUGAUGGAACACGAGAAGAAACUGGCUUAUGUCCGAUUGAUGAAACAAACUCACAAGUGGCCUCGUCAGAAAGUUCCCAAUCCACCAAGAAACGAUCUACUGAAAAGUGUAGUCCCUACAAUGGCGGAGGCCAUCGACAAUCCCACUGUUAA